AUGCUAGGCAGUUUGAAAGAACCCACUGAGAGCAGCAGGUGCGUAUAGUUCGAUCUAGGCUUCUGACGUUACAGGACAUUUUUCUAUUACGCUCUGAUUUUGCUCAUUGGUGCAUUUAAAGCUGCUAUCUUCUUUGCCGUUUAUGAAGUUCUCGCGUGCUACCAUACCCUUACUUUUCUAUUUUUCGUUAAGUUAAGGUGGGUUGGGUCAUUUACACUACGUUUUAGCACUUCGUGCCUUCUAUUCUUUAUUCAAAAGCCUUUGCGUAAUUCGACUUGGCCUACACACGCACAAGUGAGUCUCUCUCUUUACACUUCAGAGUAUAUACAUCAGUGCUUUCGGAUAUUUAGACAUUCAUGCGUUCGAAUACUACUAGAUAUCAUGUGGGUUACUGGACUGAUUCUUUGCGGUCCAUUUCGGUAAAUUCUACGUAACGUCUACAUAAUUUAGCUUCGUCUUAAUAUACGAACACUCCGAUAUUGCAGUGGUCUCGUUGUUGAGUACGCUGUUCAUCAACUCUACGUCACCUGCUAAGGUAGGUCUUUCACGUGAAAUAUUUCCUUCCAGUCAAGGGGUGCUGCUUUUUUUAUACUUGGAGUAGUCUGUGUCAUAUUUUUUGAUCACGACGUCGCCGAUUCUCUCGCCGAACACCGUAUCCUUUGGGAAUACACAGUUGUUAUAUAAUUUUUUAACUCAGACUAUUAAUUAAUUAAUUAAUUGCUGUCCUGCCUGAUGGAUUUUUGUCCCUUGACUAUUACUUUUCUAGCUGAGGGUGUUCACAAAAGUCUUCUUAUCCAUCGUAUAUAUGAAUUUUUCAUAUUCUGUGGACUGUCCGAUCACAAGGUAAUUAUCAUUUCGUUUUUACUGAUUAGCAUAAUGCACUUUCUAGUUGUCGGUCUGAUCUAGUUUACUUUCAAACCCAGCUAUUUGAAUUCAAGACAUGCAAUGUCCUUCGAUUCUUUUUCGGAUUUUGCUAGGCCGGCGCUGUGUUGCUCAUACUAGCCGCGUGCUUUGAAUCCGGUUUUCACAGCCUCUCUCGUGGGUUAGCUGCUGACAUUGGUGGAGCAAAGAGGCUGCACGCUCUUUCGACGUGUGCAUCCGUGUUUCCCCUCAGUAUCCUUAUUUUCCUUGGAUGGAUAUAUGGAACUGUUUUCAUACACACAGCUUCACCUGAUGUGCGUGAGUGUUUUGCCCUUCUCACUAGUUUAACUUCUGUGAUCAACAUCAGUGUGCCUUAUAUGGCUUUGCCAUUUGCUUUUCUGUCAAUGUGUCCAUUCUGUCGGUGCAUAUGUUAAUUUCUCAAUGCACUUGAUGCUUUUGACACAUUUAAUGCAUGUUUUAGCUCGUGGCAUCGCCUGGGGGACCGUCGCGAUUUUACCGUCUAUGCGUAAUAGCUUCUACUGCGUUUGCAAUGGUUGCUGAAUUUUACUGCCAACAGUUUGUCGCCAACAAGAUUGGGCCACAUAAAGUGUCGAAGAUGGCGUACCAAACAGUCGUAUUGACUGCUUUACUUAUAAGGUUCGUUCGUAAGCUUUUAUAUUUUCCUACCCCGUUUGAAAUACUUGUGCUGUUUCUGUUUGCUUGCAGUUUUACUUUGAAAAUAGGAGUGCUAUUAAGUCUUAUCUUGUUUGAGUAUGAUAGAAUCAUUCUACUUUCGAACGCCUCAUUUAAUGAUUGCUGUUUUCUGGGUUGAAUAGACUUAUUUUUUACCUUUAUGCCACGGUUGCACGCCGGGAGUCAACUAUUCUUUUUGCCGAAACCUCAACCCCACCUAUAACACUUACCUUUUCGUACAGCGAACCAUGGAGACACAUUCAGGCAGCUUCUCCAUGUUUCAGAGAUACACAAGAAUUUGUAAUGUCUGUGACCUAGGCUGUUUUGGAGUGUCAUGUCUGCAGUUUUAGAAGGCGUAGGGGAAUUCCCAAAAAGAUAGUUUACGGAGGUUAUCAAAGUAUCGCUCACGGGUCCUGACUGGAAGCCUGAUCCACACUACAAUCAUGGCUGGAAAAUUUAGUCGAGGUUUUCUUCCUGCAUCUCAUUCCAUAGACCUUUGGGUUUGGGUGCAACGUCCACGCUGUUCGUUCUAAUCCGUAUGGAGGUAGGUUAGAUAAGUCCUUCGUUUUUAAAUUAUACUAAUUUAUGACAUCGUUCUCUCGGAUUCUCUUAUAGAAUCACGCGAAUUCAUGUCUGUUUACACCGAUAAUUUUGAAUUUAGUCUUCAUCUAACAAGAACGGCCGCGCUCGAAAUGGACUUGAACGUCGGUCAUAUCAACGGUGUUGUCCUUAAUAGCCAGUCCGUCCGGCCGUCACACUACCUCUCAACAGGAGUCAUUUUUGGCAUGCUUUCAAUGCUCUACGGUAAGAUUUAUCUUAUGGAAACCGCGAACCCUUUGCAGCGAUUUUUUGGCACUUAG